UAAAAUAUUGAGUAUACAAUAUGGUUGAAAGGUAGGUUGGAAUUAAGGCACCGACUAAGCAUUAAAUGCCGAACGAAUUCACCACCUACAGUAACCCAGAAUUUCAUCACUGGAUUUUAAUACUCAAGUAGAGUAGACGAAAAAUCUUGCAGUUUCGGUAUACUUUGAAUUACACUCAUCUACUCUAUAUAUAGAGGAGCAGGUUCUACUUUGUUUUCACUGCAGAAAGAAAGAGAGAGAGAGAGAGAGAGAAGAGUUCCAGAAAGGGAAAGAAGAUGUUGAGAUUGAUUACAGGAAUUCCAGGGCCGAGCGGGUUUGGAUCAGCUUCCACUGCUGAGCAGGUCACUCAAGGCAUUGAUGCCUCCAAUCUCACUGCGAUUAUUACAGGUGGUGCAAGUGGGAUUGGUUUAGAAGUGGCAAGAGUUUUAGCCCUUAGGAAAGCCCAUGUCAUCAUUGCAGCAAGAAAGAUGGAUGCUGCAAAAGAAGCAAAACAACUCAUUCUCAAGGAUAACAGCACUGCUCAUGUUGAUAUUCUUCAACUUGACCUCUCUUCAUUGAAAUCAGUUAAGGCAUUUGCUGAUGAUUUCAAAGCGCUUAACCUUCCUCUCAACAUCCUCAUAAACAAUGCUGGUGUCAUGUUCUGUCCAUUUCAGCUUUCGGAAGAUGGAUACGAGACGCAAUUUGCUACAAAUCAUCUCGGUCAUUUCUACUUGGCAAACCUUCUUCUAGAUAAAAUGAAGGAGACUGCAAAUGCUACUGGUGUGCAGGGUAGGAUAGUGAAUUUGUCAUCUGUAGCUCACCUUUACACGUACGAAGAAGGGAUCCGGUUUGACAAAAUUAAUGAUGAAAGCAGUUACCAUUCCAAAAUGGCAUAUGGGCAAUCCAAGUUAGCCAAUAUAUUACAUGCCAAUGAGCUCUCUCGUCGUUUACAAGAAGAGGGAAGUAAUAUUACAGUGAACUCGGUGCACCCGGGGUUGAUAAUGACAAAUCUUAUGAGGCAUUCUGUUCUUUUUACAAGAAUUAUGAAACUGUUCACUUGGAUUCUCUGGAAGAAUGUCCAUCAGGGGGCAGCUACAACGUGCUAUGUGGCGCUCCAUCCAGACCUAAACGACAUUAGUGGAAAGUACUUUCUGGACUGUAAUGAGUACGAGGCAAGCGCGUUUGCCAGAGAUGAAGCUCUGGGAAAGAAGCUUUGGGAUUUCAGCGAGAAGUUGGUUAAGGCAGCUAUAAACAAGUAAAACCCCUUUCUAUAAUGGAAGUCACGAGGCAUUUCUAGUAAAGGGGUAGAAAGGUAGAGUGGACAUAAUUUAUUGAGAGAAGUCCAUGAAAUUGCAUUUCUACCGUGUGUUUCACUUAUUCUAGUAUUUGCAAUUAAUAUACCACAAAAUAUGUGUUUCAUAAUGUAUAGUGAAUGUCUUAACGUAUGCUAUAAAUAAUACUAUACGUACUCUUUUUUUUUUUUUUUUUUUU